UGCUGUUUGUGGUGCAACAACACCAAACACAUCASCARCGCAUGCCUCGACAAGGACAAGGAGAAUGUCAAAUGUUCGAGCUCGAGAAACUGAGCACCGCGGGAAGUGCAGUGACAUCACUUCCCAAUCCGCCGGGAUCAGCUGCCUUGCUAGCAAUCUCUGUCACAUCCGGGGAUGACGCGGUAGUCGCAAGUUCUCGCGGCAUCGAGUUUGAAAACUAUGUUGUCGAGCUGGUCCCUCCGUUGAACCAGCCUCUCCACGUGCAAGAUUCAAGCGCAUGCGCGGUAGUUCUKCCGUCGGACAACGAACCGGUUGCUUCGCCAACCCUUCUACCAGAGGAUCCGUCAACUUGGGCGAGUCUUGAGGAACUCGACCCGUUGACGGUUGAGGACUUCCAAUGGUUGCCUCUUCCCUCCACGGGUUCUUUGCCAACACCGCAUUGCAAUGCCUUAAUGGCACAUCUGCGUGAAUACUUGCACGCUGCAGUACCACCUCCGUCGACGGACAACGGAGUAGCGGUUGUUGACCUUCGUAACUAUCUUGCGAAGAUCGACCGCGAGUACGCAACGCAACGGUACGUCRACAUCGACCCGCCGCUCCUCUACAUCCGCAUUCAGAUCGGAAAGGCGUCCUGCAGUGCCUUGAUCAAUUGUGGAGCGACUCGCAACUACAUCAGCCAAGACUUCAUGGCACGCGUCGGGCUUGGMCCACGCGUUCGAAGGAAAAGUCAKCCUACGCACGUCAUGUUGGCCGAUGGUCACACGCAAAAGUCAAUCGACCGAUGCGUUGACUCGGUGCCCGUGUACUUUGCCCCGCUCGCAUGCGAGACCAUGUCUUUCRGCAUAUUGGACACCAAGUUCGAUAUGAUCCUAGGCAUGUCAUGGYUGCAAAGCGAAGACCAUCCAGUGAACUUCCAWCGACGCACWGUUCACGUUUGUGAUCGGCGUGGCGAACUAGUCCCGUGUACGGUGCCGCUUCCCCAUCCUUCGAUUGAUUGUUACGUGGUAUCCGCGGCGAGCAUUCGCCAAUCCAUCCGGCGGAACKACAUCGAGGAGAUGGGMAUAUGUUUUCUUCACGCCAUCCCACCCAGUGAUCAGCCCAAGACGGAUACGUCGGACCCACGCAUCAUUGAGUUGUUGRACAACUACGAGGAUGUCUUCCAAGAUCCCGCUGGAGUCAUACCUGAUCGGCCCAUACUCCACGGGAUCACUCUCGAGGACGGCGCCGUACCUCCGCGCGAAUGUAUCUACCGCAUGAGCGAAAAAGAACUUCAAGUGCUUUGGGCACAACCAGACGACCUCUUGCYCAAGGGCUGGAUUCGCCCUAGCUGUUUGCCAUACGGUGCUCCCGUUCUCUUCGUCCGGAAGAAGARCMAGGACUUUCGUUUGUGCAUCGACUAUCGGAAACUUAASGCGCAAACGAUCAAGAACGYCGACCCUCUCCCUCGGAUCGAUGAUCUUCUCGAGCGACUAGGUGGCGCCAAGUACUUCUCAAAGMUUGACCUCAAGUCCGGAUACCACCAGAUCGAGAUUCAACCAAGAGAUCGGUACAAAACCGCAUUCAAGAUGCGGUAUGGGCACUUUGAGUGGAUUGUCAUGCCUUUCGGUCUCACCAAUGCCCCGGCUACUUUCCAAACGGCUAUGACGACAGAAUUCCGCGACUUACUUGACCGCACCAUACUCAUUUUACCUUGAUUAUAUCUUGCUUUAUAGUCAGACGCUGGACGAGCACCUCGAGCACCUUCGCGCCAUAUUGGAGC